CCCUGCUUUUCCCUGCCUUCCUUCCUGCGCGGAGAGAUGGAGCCUGCGCGCCUCUAACAAAGAACCGGCUAGGCCCAGAAGCCGCGGCCUUUCCUGACUCGCCUUGCCGGGUUUGCCCUCCUCUGGCCGGGGGGAAGGAGCAGGGGAGGAGGAGGAGGGGGGCGCCUCUCUUUCUCGUCUCCUUCCCCCGGGGGGCCCUUGGGGGGUGUCUCAGGGCCUAGCAUCCCCCCCAGACCCUCCCCAGGCUCCCCAUGCCUUGCUGAGGGUUGGGACCCCCACUUCCACGCCAUGGGAGCCCCUGCUUUCCACCCCAUAGCUGCAGGAUAGGGCCCCCCAGUCAAUAGGGGUGCCUUUUCCAAAGGCAUAAGGGACCCCCUUUUGGGGGGAAAUAUUCACCCACUUCUGGGCACCCCCCCUCCAUAUUUCCCUUCCUAUUGCUUCCUGUUCUUCCUCCCCAACUAAAAGAAAUCCUGCCCCCCAUAAAACCCUCCAUUGUACCCUUGUAUUUUAAACUCCCCCAUUGCCAAACCUCAGCCUUCUUUAAUAACAUCCAUUAACAAUAAUCCUUUAAUAACAUCCAUUAAUAAUAAUCCUCCAAUAACAUUCAUUAAUAAUACCCCUUCAAUAACACUCUUUAAUAAUAAGCAUUUAAUAACAUCCUUCGAUAACCACUACUUUUGGGAAGGGGGAUAAUUUCUUAGACCCCACUCCCAGAUUUGAUAGAAAUAGAAAAGGAUUGGGGUCCGUCCGUCCCCCAAAAGGGAGACUAGCAUUGGGAAACUUUCUCAAAAGUGAGCCACACACCCCUAGAAAGAACCCCUCUUUUAUUCAUUUUCUGGCUCCCCUUUCAUAGCUUCAUAGUUGAGAGUCCUACAACCGAUUCACAAGUUUCCUUCUCUCUUUGGAGAGAGAUCUACUACCUGCUUCAGCCACUAAUAGUUUUUGCUCCCUGAAUAUCCUCGUUUUAUCAAGGCAAUAGACCCCCCCCCAUCACCACCACUUUCCCAAUAUUUUGAAGUGCACUUCUGAAAUUUGCUCCCCUUUCCCAGAUUCCAGAGGGGCGCCUUGCCUAAUAAUUGUCGCCCAUUUAUGUCACAAGGUUCCCCCCCAGUUUUUUGGCCCUCUGGUGACAGACAGAUUUCAGCCCUCCAUAGCAUUUCUCGAGAGGCUAGAAUUUGUUUUAGCUUGCAAAAGGGAAAUAAAUAAAUAUCCAGGUCUCAGCUAUAUGUUGAGAUAAAGUGUGAGCGUUCAUAUUGCAAAAACAAUUGUUAAUUCUGUGGGCAUCUGAUUGAAAAGGCAAGAAUUCUUCUAGUUCCCCAGAAGAAGAGUAAUCCUAUCCAGUGUGACUAAUAUUUGUAUAGACCAUUUGCCCACAGAUCUGGUUUGACUCCUGUUUUGACAAAUGAUUUCCUUUUCUAUGUAGAAAAAUCCAGCAUUCUGAACUUCAUGUCCUACUCAACAGAACUUGCCGUACCCUAAACCUAGCUAGAAAAUCUUCCCCAAUGCUUCUCCAAAUCAGAGGGAAAAUGGUUUAGAUAAACUAGGAUUUGUAGUUACCGAACCAUCCCAAUUUUGAGUGGAUUGGAAGCAGACAUCCAACAACCUUCAAACUGCUCCUGUAGUGUCCCAGAAUCAAAGCUACGUCAGACCACAUUUCCAGCAACUUCUAACUCCCAAAUUACCCUCCAAGAUACCUCCUCUUGUUGUACGAUGGUGGAACUUUAGAGAAACCAGGCAAUUGAGUCCAUCCAACUAUUUAGAACGCUCCCUAGAUAGAUUUUAGAACUUUUGAGCACUCCAUUUUGAAGAGGUUUCUUCAGCCUUGUAUACCUACACUCAGAUGAUCCUUCCCUGUUAGGCAUCUUCAAAUUCUUGCUUUAGUUCCUUCACUUUCGAAAGGAUACCUUGAUAUUCUUAUUUGACCCACAAGAGCACAUCACACUUUCAAUUCUGGAGUCACCUAACUCUUGUCCUGUAGCAUCCAAAUCUGCCAUUUCUUUCAUCUUCCCUGUCCUUCUGUCCAAUGGCUUUUCAGGACCCCAACCACCCUCUGCAAGCUCAACUUUGUAGCAAUGUUUUUGGGGCACUGACUGGGCUAAUACAGCCCCCGUUGGCAGCCGGGCUAGGCGGGGGCCAGAAGUAUUAUUGCAAUAAUGGUGUACAGAUAGCCUCCCCACAGCAACAGCAGACGGCACCCAGUAAUGCGGUGAUGGUGGAACCAGAACCCGACCGGCCCAUCGGUUAUGGUGCUUUUGGUGUGGUAUGGUCAGUGACAGAUCCCCGGGAUGGGUCACGAGUUGCACUCAAAAAGAUGCCCAAUGUUUUCCAGAACUUGGUCUCUUGCAAACGGGUCUUCAGAGAAUUGAGAAUGCUCUGUUACUUCAAGCACGACAACGUCCUCUCAGCUUUGGAUAUUCUCCAGCCUCCACAAAUUGACUGUUUUGAGGAAAUUUAUGUCAUUACUGAGUUGAUGCAAAGUGACCUUCACAAAGUCAUCGUGUCUCCACAACCACUCAGCGCUGAUCACAUCAAGGUCUUUCUAUAUCAGAUCCUCAGGGGGCUGAAAUAUUUGCACUCUGCUGGUGUUCUCCAUCGGGACAUCAAACCUGGGAACUUACUGGUCAAUAGCAACUGUGUCCUCAAGAUUUGUGACUUUGGUCUAGCCCGGGUAGAGGAACCUGAUGAGUCCCAGCACAUGACUCAAGAAGUGGUAACUCAAUAUUACCGGGCCCCUGAAAUCCUGAUGGGGACCAGGCACUAUGGGCGUCCGAUUGAUAUUUGGUCUGUGGGCUGCAUCUUUGCUGAACUCCUUGGCAGGCGUAUCCUCUUCCAGGCUCAGAGCCCUAUACAGCAGCUGGACCUGAUCACAGACCUCCUGGGGACACCUCCUGCUGCCGCCUUGCAUUCAGCCUGUGAAGGUGCCCGGGCCCACAUACUGCGUGGCAAUCACAAGCCACCGUCACUGUCUGUCCUUUACAUGCUCUCAGGAGAAGCCACCCAUGAGGCCAUCCAUUUGCUCUGCCGGAUGCUGGUUUUUGAUCCGGCCAAGAGAAUUUCCGCCAAGGACGCUCUCUCUCACCCCUACCUGGAUGAGGGGCGGCUGCGAUACCACACCUGUAUGUGCACCUGCUGCUUUACAGUCUCCUCGGGUCGAGUCUACACCAGUGACUUUGAGCCCCGAGCUGACCCCAUGUUUGAUGGGUCUUAUGAGAAGAACCUCACCUCUGUCUGGCAGGUCAAAGAACUCGUGCACAGGUUUAUCUUGGACCAGCAGCGAGGGAAACGGGUCCCACUCUGUAUCAAUCCUCAGUCGGCUGCCUUCAAAACCUUUAUCCGCUCCACAGCGUGGCAUUCUUCCAAAGUCUCCAAAAAAGAAGAGAGAUGAAGGUGGCCGUUUUUGACAGGUGGAGAAAAAAAGAAAAGGAGACAAAAAAUAAAAAUGAAGAAGGCAGACAACCUUCCUGUUGGGAGACCGAAAGAAAGAUACAAGAAAGAAGACAAAGAGAGCCACUGUUCUUAAUCCUGCACUCUUGAAUAUUUUGACUCAUGGACAGACAUUUGGGGAUGCGUGGGGGGAUGAUUGUGUUUUUUUUAAUGAUUAUUAUUAAUAUUAUUUGUGGUGGGAUGGUUGGGAAGGGAUUCUUUUGGAAUUGAUUGGUGUCUUUUUUCCUUCCACCGUUACUGUUCUGCACUGGAAAAACCCUUUAGGUUGUAGGUAUACUCCUUGUGCAACCUCCCUGCCUGCCCAAAUCUGCACUGUUCCCUGACACACUUGUAUUUUCUCUCACCUUCCCAAGUUAACCUUUCCUCAUAAUCCUGUGUGUGGGCUGCAUCUUGCCACUUUCAAAGGGGUAGUGAUAUGGGAGUGAACAUAAUUCCUUUCAUGAAUAUAUUUCCAACACUUUUUUCUCCAAAUGUUGCAAUCUCCUCCACUUCCCCUGGCCCUGUCUGUCAGUUCCCAAAGCCUUACAAUUGGUGAAUAGCUCUUUUUCCUUACCUGGCUGUGUGCCUCCUCUCCAGAAAAUAAUGCCCUCCAAAUAGGUGGUAUCUUAUUUUAGUUUAGUUUUCUUAGAUUGGGUGGGGAAGGUAUGGUCCAUCGGCCACACGAGGCCUAAUGAAUCCCCAUUUUAAAAAUAAUAAGAAGAAAUUUACAUUUUUGGACCCUGGGCCAGUUCCUCUUAGGGGGCAAAAGGUCUCCCCUGGCCUUAAAAUGGCCCAGAGAGAACCAAAAACAUGAUUAAAUUGCCUGCCACUUCCACUAAAUACCAAAAGGGGUAUUUAAGGGACGAAUUUUUUUUCAAACUUUCUGGGUAUGUAUAUGCAAUGUGACCCUCAGAGCUCCCCAUGGGGUCAUUGUGGUCCUCUAAGACCAAUUCCCACAUGAGCCUUAUUGCUCCAGAUGUUCUGGUCUGCAUUUACCUGAAGCUUCAUGCAACAUGGCCAAGGGUGUGAGAUCGUGGGAGUUGCAGUCCAAAACAUCAGGAGAGACAAAAGUUUCCCAGUCCUUGCUCUAGAUCACCUGAAAAACUAGUGGCUGAGGGGAGAAGGCAUCAUGAACUGUAUAGUCUCAGUGGCUUUCCACACUGAAAAAGCUGCACACUUAACGUUUUGCCAGUUCUUGCACUCAUGAGAGGCUGGUAUCAAUGGGCUGUAAAUUGAACUUCAAAGGAGAUGAACCCAUUUUAUGGAUAGGGUUCAGCACUUUAGAUAGCCCAGUUUUAGUUUAGAACCUGGAGCAGAUUCAACAUCCCAUUGAUGUCAGAGCCUUCCAGAUAAGAGCCUAGGUAUACAUUACAUAUAGGGAAGCACCAAUAAAAAUGAGAAAGAAUAGCACAAUGGUAAGGGGGUGACUGAAUUUGUGUGGAGAGUGGUAGUUCUCUUUGUUAUUCCAUAUGUCUAGGAAUCCAGCUCCCAGGAUCCCUGACCAUUUGUUGCAGAGGCUUGGCUUUUGGGAGUUAGAGUCCAAAAUGCUUAAGAGGACCAGUGUUUGAGAACUGCCAAUAUAGAGGAAUAGUUAAUGCCUUCCUUGACUAUUGCUUGGGUGCUCCCAAAACAACUAUGAGGGUGGGGAAUGCAGCCAGAGGGGGCAAAAUGCUUGAAAAGUUGCCUCUUUUGGACUACAAUUCCCAGAAUCUCCUAGCCAGAUGGCUGAGGGAUUCUGGGAGUUGUAGUCCAAAAGUAAUUCCUCUCUCUAAAGUUCUGGUCCUUUCUCUACUAUCACUUUUCCAUUCAAAUUUGCUAUCUUUUGAAUAUAAAACCACUUGGGGUGUUUAUAUAAGUAAUUUUCCUACCAUUAGAGUAGCUUUGCCUCACUGCAGCCAGAUUAAUUCUCCCCACCCCUUUCUUCCCAAUAACUCUUGUUAUUAAAUGUAUUCCUUCACUUUUUUUUUUCAUGCCCCUUCAAAAAUCUACCUCUAUCCUCCCCGUAGUUUGUUUGUUUUAAACACACUUGGUGUUUUAAUUUGUUUGCAUUUUGUUUCCUUAGUGUUGUGUUUUGUUUAAAUUAGCUGGUGGGUGUUUCAUAAUUUUUAUUUUUUUGGCUUGGUCCAUUUCCUUUAUUUAUGAUUACAACGGUUUUUAUAUAAUCGUUCAAGUUCUGAGCACGUGUGUGUCUGUGCGUGUAUAUAUAUUCUUCCCUUGUCCCUGGAAAAAAAACAAAAACCUGAACAACCUGAAAACUUGAACUGUCUUGGCUGUAAUAAUCCCCUCUCCCCUAAUUUAAUCAUGCUCCAUGGUAGCUGAAUUAAAUUUAUGCUGUGUA